AUGAAACCAAUAUCCCCCUUCUCAAUGUUCCUGUUCAUCAACCUCACAACCGCAUCACCAAUCCCGCUCUGCUCAAAAGAAUGCCAAACACUCCUCAAAUUCAUACACCGAAAUACACCACCCACUCGUCUAUCCUCAGAACCAUAUUUUCCUACCCACCAGCAUCCUCCCCAGGUUCUUAACGAAGAAAUCAAUAACCACGCUCACACACCCUCGGAAACAGAAGUUCUCGCCCCUUCUUUGGUACUAAAGGUCGAGAAACCUCUUUCGUCAAAGUUUUUGCUUUCCAUCUCAGCUUCCAAACCCAGACUUCAAAAAUCCCCUGUCGAAGAAGUAGUGGGAAAUGCGGCGCUUGCUGCGAAACCAACGAGUACACUACCGGAGUCAAGGAAAGAAGAUUUGAAACAGUACUGGGCUGCGUUGAAUGCUGAGAAGACUAUGAAAGAGGAGCAGGAAAGACAGGAGCGAGAAAAAGUACUGGGAGUCAAAGAAUGUGGACACGGGAAGUUUGAUGGACACUAUUAUAUGCAGAAGACGGAGUACGUUAGAGAGUAUAGUGAUGUGAUUGUUGUGGGGCUUGUGCUGUUCUUUUUGGUAGUUGUUGUAGGCGCGGAAGUUUUCGAGAAGUUUGGACGGAAGGGAAGGGGUGCGAUUUACCUGGCAGAUGACGAGGAGAUGGUGGUGGAUGUAAGUGAGUGUACGAUGGAAUAUAGAGAUGAGGAAGAAGAGAGGAAAGAGCUAGAUUCUACGGAUCUCAAUCUCAAGAGCGGAAGCGAAGAGCUACAGCACGACGCAAAAUCAUGA